AUGAAAAUCGCCGUUCUCCUUUGCCUUCUGUUUGCCGGAGCCAGUGCCCGAAGUGCUCCUGUAGAUUAUGUUGUCGACUCUUGCAGUAAGCUCGCAUGCCGUCCCGGAUUCUACUGUGUUUCUGGAAAAUGUGUUGAAGACCCUUGCACCUGGAUCAAAUGCAAAACUGGAUACCACUGUGUCGUAGAGAAUGGGAAAGGAGAAUGUGUUCGAGAUACCUAUCUUUGUAAUCUCAGAAAAUGCCCUCUCGGAUAUCAUUGUUCCGUGAAGGAUGGUGUUGCAAGUUGUGCCCCAGAUCUUGAUACUCCAAAUUCUUGCCAAUGGAUCAAGUGUAAUCCCGGAUCACACUGCGUCAUGAGUAAUGGAAAAGGAGUUUGUGUUCCAGACGAAAAACCUGUUGAUUUAUGUCAUUUGCUGGUAUGUGAAUCCAAAUCAACUUGCGUUAUGUCGAAUGGAAACGCCAAGUGUGUUCCAGUAGACGAGACACAGUGCAAUAUCAAACAAUGCCCAAAAGGACAGAACUGUAAGCUGGUUAACGGCUCUCCAAAAUGUGUUCCAGCCUCUUCCUUCGAACCAGCUACAAUGGAACUGAGCGUUUAA